AAAUAUUUAAAAGAAAUUCAUGUCAUAAAAACCUAUAAUUUCUUAUUCCUUUUUCGCCCAUCUCCUUUCAAACAUUCAUCACGGCAUCUUUAAACAAUGCACUAUAAGUUAAGUGCCGUUUUACGUGGCCACGAGCUUGAUAUUCGCGCCGUUUGUCCGGCAAAUUUCCCUGAUGGAGGAAUUUUGACUGCUUCUCGUGACAGGACGACUCGUCUUUGGGUUCGUGAUCAAGAAUCAAAUACUUACAGUGAAGGACUUGUUCUUGCUGGACAUAAGAACUUUAUCUCUGCUGUAUGUGCUCUGCCUGCAACGGAGGCCUAUCCCCACGGUCUAAUUGCCACUGGUGGUCAUGACAAUGCAAUACUGAUUUGGAAUUUGGAAUCUACAGAACCAUUGCACACUCUUACUGGUCAUACUGGUGCAGUAUGCAGCCUGGUCGCUGGCAAGUUUGGAACUCUUUUAUCUGGAUCAUGGGAUAACACUGCUAAAGUUUGGAUCAGUAAUAAGUGUGUUAUGACGUUACAAGGACAUGAAGCUGCCGUCUGGGCAGUGGAUCUGAUGCCAGAAAAUGGAUUAAUGCUAACAGGGUCUGCAGAUAAGACCAUCAAAAUGUGGAGGGCUGGAUCUUGUGAGAAGACAUUUCCAGGGCACACGGACUGUGUCAGGGGUCUUGCUGUUUUAUCGAUGCUGGAAUUUUUAUCCUGUUCUAAUGACUGUACUAUACGAAGGUGGUUGACAACAGGAGAAUGUUUACAGGUCUAUACUGGACAUUCCAGUUUUAUUUAUAAUCUCACUGUAUUGCAAGAUAACAGUGGUAGAUUUGCUUCUGUUGGAGAAGACAGAACACUUCGGAUAUGGGAAGGUGGCGAAUGUAGUCAGACAAUAACUUUACCAGCUCAGUCAGUAUGGUGUGUAGCAUGUCUUUCUAAUGGAGAUAUUGUCACAGGAUCUAGCGAUGGUGUAGGCCGUGUUUUUAGUAGUCAAGCAGAAAGAUUUGCUUCUCCAGAAGAAAUCAAGUUGUUUGAAGAAGAAGUAGCUAAGCAAGCAAUACCAGCGCAAGCCAGUGGACAGAUUGGUGAUAUCAAGCUUGAGCAGUUGCCUGGGCCAGAAGCUCUCCUUAGACCUGGUAAAAAGAGCGGUCAGACUAUAAUGGUGCGUCGAGGACAGACGGUUGAAUGUCACCAGUGGAAUGACAUGGAAGGUAAAUGGGAUAAAGUUGGAGAGGUGGUGGGUGCUCCUGGUACAGAGUCAAGCUCUAGUUCCAAUAAAUCCAUGUACAAAGGAAAGGAAUAUGAUAUCAUCUUCAAUGUUGAAAUAACCGAAGGAAAGCCUCCUCUGAAACUCCCAUUCAAUUAUGGAGACGAUCCGUGGGUUGCUGCGCAUAAUUUUCUGGCUGAGAACGACUUGAGCCAGUUGUUCUUAGAUCAAGUCGUCGACUUCAUCCUCAAGAAUACUAAAGAUGUUACGAUAGGCAAAGCAGCUCCUUCAUCCAGUGAUCCUUUCACAGGCAGUAAUCGUUACGUCCCCGGGAGUACGAGUACAUUAAUAGUGCCUGGUAACCCGUUGUCCCAGGCUGGAGGAGCAGUUGACCCGUUCACAGGUGGUGGUAGUUAUCGCCCCUCAUAUACAGAUGUAACACAGUCAGGACUGGGAUCUGGUGGUGCUGCUGACCCUUUCACAGGUGGAAGCAGCUAUAGACCUACACAAUCCACACAGCCACAGCAACCUAUCCCUGCUUCACCAGCUAGCCAGUAUUUUCCCAAGAAUGAUUUUGUGACGUUCGACAAAGCCAACAACAAAGCUAUCCUUAGUAAGGUUGAAGAGCUGAAUGGUACACUUGAUUCGGACCAGAAGCUGGACACUGUAGACUUACAGCAGCUUACAGAUUUAUUGAACUUGGUAACAGAAGUAACGGAAAACAAUACACCCAGUGAAAAGCAUCUACUAGUGUUGUCUAAAGCGUUACAAUGGCCAGUGGGUGUACUCUUUCCAGUUUUAGAUAUUCUUCGCUUAGCAAUUCGUCAUCCUUUUGUAGCAACUUAUUUCUGUGGAAAUAGAGAAGUUGAAAAUGUUGUGGAAAGAUUGCUACAGUUGAUAAGACAAGAAUCUCCAGCAGCGAACGUCUUACUCGUGUUCAGGACCCUAGCAAAUUUAUUUCCUUCGUGUGAAGGUUCCAUGUCUUUACUAAAGUACAGAGAAAAGAUCGUAGAACUGAUGUUGCCAUGGGCAACCAGUCCUAACAAGAAUAUAAAAAUUUCUCUGUGUACAGUUUUACUCAAUUUCUCGGUUCUCUUCCGUAAAUUUCCAGACUUCGGAGCUCAAACACAAUGUUUUAUGGCGUUGGCAAGUAUCCUUCGAAGUGAGACAGACAACGAGGCCAGAUUUCGAUCAUUGGUUGCUAUUGGCAACAUGAUGUUUGGUAAUACCGAUAUCAUUUCCUAUGCACGUUCUCUUGAACUGGAAGAAAUCCUACAGAAGCUCAUUACCGUACAGGAUCCUCCAAAAGUUGGUGAUUGUGCUAAAAACGUUCUAUCGGUUUUAACAGGGUAAAGAAAAGUCUAAACAGAUUAACAUCAUCAUCAUUGUCGUUGUCAUCAUAAUCAUCAACGGCAUCAUCAUCAACGUCAUAAUCAUAAUCGUCAUCACCAUCAUAAUCAUAAUCUUCAUUGUCAUCCUCCACAUUCAUAAAGAAAUAUACCUAUCAUGGCUAUAAUACUUAUAUUUAAUCGAUACCAUUAAGUUUUAUAAAACCGAUAGCCAUA